UCUGUCUACGGCCUACCCAUUUUAUUAUAUACUCUGUGACUUCUGAGUUAUGCUCUCUGAGUAAAAUUGUUCUGACUUCUUUGGUCAUGCUCCAACUAUCAGUCUGUCAGAAAAUAAGAAAUUGUGAAGCGUAUGUACUUUCGAAAAUGGAUAAAGAUAGCCAAGAACAAGAUUGUGCUAUUUGCUUACAAAAAUAUCAUCACCCAACACGAUUACCCUGUGGCCAUAUCUUCUGUUUUCUCUGUGUUAAAGGCAUUGCAAUACAGAGCAAAAAAUGUGCCAUGUGUCGUAUGGAAAUACCACAUGAUUAUUUUGACCAUCCAGAUUUGAUAGAAAAGUUGGGUCUUGAAGAAAUAGCUUCUGAAGGUGAUACUGAAAAAUAUCAGUGGUACUAUGAAGGGCGAAAUGGAUGGUGGAAAUAUGAUGAGAGAAGUAAUAUGGAUUUAGAAAAUAUGUAUAGCUCUGGUGAGACUGAAUGCUUAUUAUUGCUAGCAGGCACAAUAUACUGUGUUGAUUUUCAUAACAUGAUACAAAUACGUCGCAGUGACCCUACUAAACGCCGCAGAGUAAAAAGAGAUAUACCAACCUUGCCCUCCAAAGGUAUUGCAGGGAUAAAAAAAGUUGAGCUAAGUCACACAGAAGUAUUAGAUUCUAAUCAUGAAAAUUCAGAGAGUAAUGAAAAUGAAGAAGGUAUUCAAGUUGGAAGUCCCAAUUUAGUUCCUGGUAACUACAGUACAAAUACACCAACUUCACCCAUAUCAGUUGAUGAUCUUAUUGACAAUCUAAGGCAGAUUGAUUUACAUCCAGAUGAUCCUUUGAGUACAGAACAAGAUGUGACACAAAACUCAGCAGACACUUGACUAAUAUAAAAGAGUA